AUGGCGGAGCCUCAAGAUCCGACUGCCUGCCAAGGCGUAGCUGUAGUCUGGGGUGUGGCAGACCAUGCUUUGGCGACAGUGCGACACCAUGUUCGGUGCACCUCCUACCCGUUCAAAUUUGACAAAGGACCGCUCUUUGGGACAGGGCCGAAUGCGGAGACGGCUAAACGGAAAGGACGCUGGGGCAACUCUCUGCUCCGGAACCGUGGUGGAAUGAACUCUGUACGUGACGCUGAGAACAGCACUCGAGAACCAUUUGGUCGUCGUUCCGUGAUAAUGAGUCCUCUAAGCUUUUUUACUUGA